GUGAAUGGCAAUUAGGCAAAAAGAAGAGUAAACUGAUUUUGAUUAGUUGUAGAAAUAUUAACCAUAAAAAAUAAAUGAAUUAGUUUUGAUAAGUUUAACUAGAAAACGAAGCUGCGAACUUUAGCUGGCGUAUGUCUAGUCAUGCUAUUGAUUUAGGACAAAUGGAAAGCUUCUAAACGGUGGAUUUUCGGGGAGCAAACCAUAACAAAAACACACCCACCAAAUAAUUUUCGAUUACUCAUCGCCGGAAUGUCUGGGAAUCCUUUUGACAGUGAUGAUGACCAAAGCUCGGCUAGUGGGGAGAUCCUCGAGGGAUUCCUAUGUCCCAUUUGCCGAGCGGACCUCAAGUCCAUUGACGUACUCACGGAUCACUUUGCCCGCCAGCAUGCCGAGGAAGAAGCGGCUCUGAAAUCCCUUAAAGACAUCUUUACGAAGGCCAAAAAGAAGAUCUUAAACCCAUUUGAAGAUGAAAAGCCGCCUUCUGUAGCCUCGCCAGCAGGAUCCUCCUCUUCAGGUGCUGCCAAGAAUGCUAAUGGUAACGGAGAUCGCAAUGGACCCAGUAAUGCUCGCUCCCGUCUUAACAUCUUCAACCAUAUGGCCAGGCAGCAGGCGGGAGCUGAGUGCUCCCACUUGGAUUACUUCCAGUCCAUUCGAAACCCCAGACUGGAGCGAUAUGCCAGUGAAACAAACAAAUUGAUAAUUAGGUUACACCGCCUACUUAAGGAUUUGCCCACGGAUUCAGUGCAGCGGCGUCAGCACGAACAGCAAACGGUUGCCUGGCUGGAUGGAAGUUCCGUCAAAUUGUGUCCCAGCUGCGCAAAAAGUUUCCACAUCGCCCGCAGACAGCACCACUGCCGUUUGUGUGGCGGAAUAAUGUGCAAUGAUUGCUCUAAAUUCCUACCCUUAGAGGAUGCAAUGCAAUUGGCUAGUCUUUCCACCACGAGAAGUGAGUCCCUCCAGCAGCUGCACCAACAUGAGAACGCUAUCCGGCUAUGCGAGCAUUGCCUUUGGCUGUUGGACACUCGGCGGGACAUGCACGAGAGUCGCACUUGUCGCCCACUUCUCGUGCAAGUAUACGAACAAAUUCGCCAGUUGCAAAAAGAAGUGACCCCCGAUCUAGAUAUGUAUCUGAAAAUCAUCAAUAGCCUAAACGACGGGGACACCAUUUUCACGCUGGCGGAUGCGGGUGCAUUGCGGGGCAAGAUUGGACAAGUGGCGGAGGCCAUGGACAUGAGAAGCAAGCGCAUCCUAGCCAUUUUUUGUGAGCCAGGAAGCCGAGAGGAGGCCCUGAAAAAAGCCAUUCGGUUGGGUUGCAUUCAAGCCAUUAAAGAGCGAAUGCUAUCGCUUCCACCACUGCCAGAGGAGGCGCACAUCCGUCAGAUGCAGGAGCGUCGACGCAUGGAAACGCAGCAGCGUAUCCUCACCGAACAGCGUAUGGCCAUGGAAGCUUACGAACGAAAUAACAUAGCAAACCAAUCUGGAGUGGCCGUUCCAGGUCCAGAAAGCGGUUCCUUCGCUCAGGGGUCGGAUCUUCAAUCAUUGACCAACUGGUCGGCACCGCAGGCGGCCAGCAAGUCUACCCUGGACGAUCCGCUUAUCGAACAGAUUAACAUCAUCAAGGGCUACAUUAAGCAGGCGCGUCAGGACAUGAAUUUCGAUGUUGUAGAGACACUGGAACUGAAUCUUCGCGAGCUGCAGCGAGAAGUGUAUGAGCGCCAACGCCAGUCCCAGGGCAGCACUGCCACCUCCCCAACAGAAGCCUAAGCAGUAUCCUAUAUAGUUAAAUAUAUAACCAUUCCCACUAUGACAAAUUAUAUGCUUUACGUUACGCAUUCAUUGUGUAUUUUGUGCGAAAGAUGGAUAAUUAAAGUUUGUGCGUUUGACGACAACUCAAA